AUGGCGGCGCAACCAGCCGCCGCUACUAUCAAAAUGAGGUAUAAGAGGAAUAUACCAAUGAUAAUGUCGCAGCAUUUUGGAGAAACUACACUAAUGCCAGGGGGUGAUGUCAGCCUCCAAUGUAUAGUCAACGGGCCUCACCCGGCCAGAUUCGUUUGGGAGAGAGAUGGGCUGGUUAUUUCGUCCAACACAGAUUCUAGAUACGUGAUCGGUCAAACUAUGGCCCCCGACGGAGGUGUGGUGUCCCAACUCAACAUGUCCCACGCUAUGGUGGACGAUGGGGGUCUAUUCUCGUGCGUGGCCCACCACGGGGACACAGUGCUGGCACACCAUGACAGAAUUAAUGUAUAUGGUCCGCCUUAUAUUAGAACGCUGCCGCCUUUUAAAGUUCAAAGUGGUCAAAGUGUAACAUUAAGAUGUCCUUAUUACGGUUACCCUGUAAGAGAAAUAACAUGGGAGUACAAAGGUAAAGAAAUAAGCGCCGAAUUGACAACCCAAUCCAGUCGUUUUAAGCGUUUCGUCAAAAACACGGAGAGCAUAGAGAUAUUUGGUCGAAAGCCCAAGUUAAGAACGAAGAGGGACUUAGCUACAGUGACUAAUGAUGGGGUUUUGAAUAUAAAUAAGGUCACUAAAAGUGACAAUGGGGCAUCUUACGCGUGUAUAGUAAGGAGUCCUACAGGAGAGAUGGCUAAGAGAUCGUUUGAGCUACAUGUGGUUGAACCACCUCAGCUAGAAGAAAUAUUGCUGGCUCAGGAUCUGCAAGAAGGUCAGAUAGUCCAAAUACAUUGUAACUUGAAGAGUGGGGACUCGCCUGUGUACUAUUCUUGGCUGAAAGAUGGGAAGAAGAUUCCUACGCAUCUAAAGAUCGUAGAGCGAAGCAUGGAGGUUUUCAGCGUGCUCAUAAUAAAGAACGUGUCUUUGGACCACUGUGGAACUUACACAUGUGUGGCGGCCAACCACGUCGCCAAAGUGAAUCGGACCGUCAAUCUGUAUAUAAAAGUUGCACCCAAAUGGAGUGAAGAGCCUCAGAACGCAUCUUUGUUGUUAGGACGAAGUGGGUACAUAUCGUGUAGUGCGAGCGGCUACCCACAGCCCCAGACACAUUGGCUGAAGAGGGAUAUUGUGUCGGACGCCUGGAGACCAGUGCUAGAAGUGGCUGGAGGAGGGGUCCUCAGUCUGUCCAAUGGGUCUCUGAUCUUCGACUCGGUGGCUUUGUCUGACGCUGGACUGUACACUUGUCACGUGGAGAAUGGGGUCGGAGAAGCCUUGAGCAAGACCGUUUGGAUCUCAGUCAAUAAACCGGUCACCUUCGACCACGUAUCAAGGAACGUCACCGCUAAGCUGGGCCAGCACGUGACGAUAGAAUGUCACGCCAAAGGAGACGACCCCAUCAGGAUCAUGUGGACGAAGAACACGAAACCUAUCAACCCGUUGACUCAGAGGAUAAAGAUAUCAGAAGCGAAGACUGACGACGGCCUAACCAGCAUUCUGGAGCUGAUGCAGACGGAGACGAGCGAUGGAGCCUUGUACCAGUGCAGAGCUGGCAACCCAUUUGGAGCUGACGUGUUCAGCGUCCACCUUACUAUUUUGGAACCACCAUCACCCCCAACGGACUUAUCCGUGGACUCCAUCAAGAGCCGAUGGGUGAAGCUCUCCUGGCGCGACAUGGCUCGCUCCUUGGCGCAGUUCUACAGCCUUCAGAUCACCAACAGCCAGCGGCUGGCCUGGUCGAGUGCCAGGACUAUCAAUGUCACCAGGCUAGACGACAUCCGCCACUCCAUCGAGAUCGAAGACCUCCAGCCUGCCACAGGUUACACCGCGAGGGUCGCCGGAGGGAACCAGGCGGACCUCAGUCACUACUCCACGCCCGUCAGGUUCACCACCACUGAGGAGGCCCCAUCAUCACCACCUCUCGGGGUGCAACUGGAACAAACGGACUCCCCAGGGGAGCUCAGGGUGAAGUGGCUACCUCCGCCUGCCGAUGCUCACAAUGGCCUCAUCAUAGGGUAUAGGGUGAAGGCUGUUCCUCAACUCAAUGGGAUGAUAGAGACCGAAGAAGCCAGCGAUAAGACCAUAAAAACUGCCUCUUUAUACUCCAAGCAGGAGACAGUUAUUACGGGAUUACUUAAAGGCGUGAGGUACGCAGUAUCCAUAGCAGCGUUCAACGGGGCCGGCUCAGGGCCGUAUUCGAUUCCUUUGUUUCAAGACACCAGGGAAGGCGCCCCAGAAGAGGCACCAUCUUCAGUGGAGUGUACCGCAGUGACGUCAAGCGCUCUACGAGUGAGUUGGCAGCCCAUACCACCACACCGACAGGCUGGGGCACUGAUCGGGUACAAUGUACUCUACGCUGCGCAGGGUCGGCAAUGGAUGAAUGCUACGUCACUAGUCACUGAACUACGGCUUCAAAGCUUGAUGAAAUUCACCAACUAUACUGUAAAGGUGGCUGGCUUCUCAAACUACGGGCUGGGGCCGUUCUCCUUCCCCAUUGUCUGUUCAACACUCCAAGACGUUCCUGACGCCCCAGCAGAAAUCAAGCUCCUAUCGCAAUCUUCAAACAUAUUACUGGUCAGUUGGAAAAAACCACGACAACCGAAUGGCAGGCUGCUACAUUAUACAGUUUAUUGUAAACCCACUGCAAGCAACGACGGCCCCCAAACCCUUCGGAUAGAUGCACAGCAAACGACUGAUGCUUAUGAGAAGACUCAAACAGUAGAACUGAAAGGGCUGAACGAAGGCAGACAGUAUGAUGUGUGGGUCACCGCCAGCACCAUCAUCGGCGAAGGACCUGAGAGCAGGAGAGUCACUAACACUCCUUCACAGAGAGUUGUGGCAGGCGUAGCGUCAUUAGGAGGAGAAGUGACUGUAGCAGUGAGGAACUCCCUCCUCCUAGCGUGCAAGAGUGUCGGCUCCCCCCCUCCUAGGACCGUGUGGUACCACAACCAGAACAUCAUCACCCACCACCCCAGGUUUACCAGGAACCGGGACGACAGCUUGCUGAUCAAAAGUAUAGACCAAGCUUUGAGCGGCAACUACACCUGUCUCGCCAAGAACCUAUACGGUUCCGACUCGGUGGUGUACACGGUUCGAGUCCUGCCCUUGCCAGACCCUCCAGCUAUAAGGGCUACCCCGUAUAAGGACUACAUUGUGGUGGAAUGGGAUGAGAUCAGACCUUAUGGGAAUGACACUUCGAAUUUGGGUAUCAGUUACAAUCUAACCUGGCGUGAAGGCGACGGCCUCUGGCAAGAGGCCUGGCCAGUGGCCCGAGAGACCAGGCUGCCUGGCGUCCAGCAACACACCCUGGCCGGGCUGAAGUGCGGAACCAAAUACUCCGUGAGGGUCACCGCCACCGACAGCAUCGGGACGUCGGUGCCGGCGCAUGCUGACGUCAUCACUUUGGGAGGAGCUCCGAUCUCUCCACCAUCGACCGACUGGCUUUGGAGCAACGCCACCCAUAUCUACAUCCAGCUCAGUGGCUGGGACGAUGGUGGCUGUGACGUCACCAAGUGGGAGGUGGAGUACAGGCCUCUAGGAUCCUCGAACUGGAUCCGAACUGACAAUAAAGCGCCCAUGGACCUCAACCUCGGCUGGAGUUACAUCGAGGGUCACUACCAGGCCCCCCCUCUGCGGUCCAUCCCCACUUCGUACGCGGUCGGCUCUCUUGCUCCCGCCAACUGGUACCAGCUAAGAGUGACUGCGACGAACGAUGCAGGCACCGCUUCUACCAUCUAUACUUAUGCUACGAAGACGCUGGAUGGAGAGGAAAUCGGUCCACCAUCAGAGCUGUUCGACCUGAACAUGCUGGUCAUCAUCUGCAGCUCCAUUCUGCUCGUCAUCUGCCUGUUCGCAUUCUUCUGUAUACUCUUCAGGAGGCAUCGGCAAAACUACUCGUCCCAAUACCGGCACUCCAUAGCCGACGAGGUGAAGUCCCGCAACGAAAGCGUGGCGUCCCACUCGGAGCACAAGGAGCGGUAUGCGCACGCGCCGCGAAUAUACACGUCGCCCGCGCACGUGAGGAAGGCUAGCAAGAAUGAAAUGUUCGAGAUAAGUCCUUACGCGGAGUUCGCGCUCGGCUUCCGAACAUUCGACCACGUGGAGAACCAAGACCUGCCCAGUCGACUGCCCAGCAGGCCGAGGUUUGAUACAGAAACAAGCUUCCAGAACCGGUCGGAGUCGGACGACAGUGACAGCACGUCAAAAGCCACAGUGACAGCCGCGCCAAGACGACACUGUCGAACGCCGCACCACAGAUAACAAGAAAAUUCAAAUUAU